GCUGUUUAUGUUUUCAGCCGGAGGAGCAGCUCUAUAUAAACCCGACCUACGCAGAAACUUUUCAGAUGCUGUUUUUUGAGGAAGACAAAGAGGACUUCAGGAAAAAGGAGCAAUGAACGGAACAAAAAAGACUCCGUACCAGGGGAAGAGGAGGUGUUUUGGAGAAUAUCAGUGCUCACAGUGUAGCAGGAAGUGGAUGAGCGCCAACUCCUGGGCCAACAUGGGACAAGAGUGCACCUCCUGUAAAAUCAACGUGUACCCACACAGACAGCGUCCGUUGGAGAAGCCUGAUGGACUGGACGACCAUUUGGACCCAGACAAAGCUCACCUGCAGCACCUGUGUGAGAAGUGUAAGAAGAUGGGCCGCUGCUGCAGACAGCGCUACAGAUGAAACCACAACCAACUCACGACAUCCAUGUUACAAACGGAAAAAAACUAUGUUCUAAUGCAGAUUUUUUAUUUUUUUUUUCUGUUCUUAUGAACUUCUGAAUGUAAAUAUUUUGUAUUUAUUUGUGCUUUCUCCAAAUGAAGAUAAUAAAUGAAGAAACUCUCUUCAAAA